AUGUGGUCUACAACUUUGGGCGACCGUUCUCUGGCCGAAUCUCCUCUGCUUCAACAAGUUGUACCAGCGGAACUAUUUCUCAACCUGCAGAGCGAAAACAACCAAAUAUAUCUCGACGCUCUAUCGCGCAUUGCUCUUGAUUCCCGACUGACUUCUCUAGUAUUUACCUCAUUCGAACCUAUAUUCCCAGAUAUCCUAUCGAGAUGGACCAGCUUCACAACUCCCCAGGAGUUCGCCCAAAGACUGGCAGAGCUCUUACCCACAGCACCAUAUUUGGUCCCGUACGCUGAACAUUAUCUACUAGGCAGUGGGACCAAGGAUUUCUCAUCGUUCUACCAAAACCAAUCAACAUCAUUACCAUUGGUAUUCACAGAAAAUCUUUCUAGUUUGUCUGUCGAAUCUAUCCAGGCAAUUCUCUUGGCCCUCCUGAGGCUCUUAAAGUUCAACUUUUCACUUUUUUCACCUUUAGCACGUCUUGAGCAUAUAUGGUCGCUACUUGAACAUUCUUCUGUGGUUAUUAGAUAUUUAAGUCUUCAAAUUGCCGUUCUCUAUCUCAACAUAGCAGAUAGCGCGUUUGAAGAACUGUUGGUUAAGCAUUGUGGAACCGAGCCAAUUGUCGGUGUGAUAGAUGAUGUUUCCGUGGACUUUAGAUUUUUUUGGACCGAUGAGGCUCGCCGAUUAGACCUGCUCCAAUCUACCCUUAAAUCAGCCAGAACCAGUUUCGCUGAGAAUACAUCUCACGGAAGAGUGAUUUCUACGACCGAUACUUCUCCCUCGAUUGUUUCUAUAGCUGGAAUACAAUUCCUUCGUCUUCCAGAGAGUGAUCGAGAUCCGGAAGGCCAUGUCGAAACCCCAACUGCUUUGCAAAACCUUAGUCAGUUGGCAAUAGCGGUCCGUACGGGCGACCCGGUUCUGAUACAAGGCAGACAAGGCAGUGGAAAGACACACUAUGUUCACCAUAUUGCAAAAUUGCUUGGUAGCGAAAAGUCUUUGAUAUCCAUACAUUUGGGCAAGCAGACCGAUACAAAACUACUGUUAGGAACAUAUGUUUCAUCAGAGCCACCUGGUUCUUUCAAAUGGAAGCCGGGCGUUUUGACUACUGCUGUCAAGGAAGGUCGAUGGAUUUUGAUAGAAGAUCUAGAUCAGGCGCCUAAUGAAGUUCUCAGUCUUCUCAUCCCCCUGAUGCAGCGUAGAACCUUGUUCAUCCCGAAUCGAGCGGAAACAAUUGUCGCUCCCUCGAAUUUUCGACUAAUAGCUACCGUUCGUACUUUUGAUGGCCUACGAGAUGGUGCCGAUUCUCUACCACCAAAUCUGAGCACCGUUGGCAUCAGAUUGUGGCGCCGUGUGUCGAUCCAACAGCCGUCCCAGUAUGAAAUUAUCGCUUUUAUUAAUGACCGUUACCCUUCACUAUCGCCUUUCUCUUCAACCCUUGUGAAAGUAUAUGAUUCUGUACGGUCUAUACAAUCAUCACCUACUCGGGGUAGGCUGUUUCGUGGACCUUCCCUCCGGCAAAUUGGAUUAAGGGAACUGCUCAACUGGUGCAAUCGCAUUGACUUGCAUUUGCAAUUAAGGCCUGCGGACUCGAGGUCAGGCGUUGUGUCCGAAUAUCUACUAGACAUGAUAUUUAUUGAAGCUAUGGAUUGUUUCGCGGGGCAAUACUCGGACAUUAAACAAGAGAAGAUUAUCAGCAACUGCGUAGCACAUGGGGUCAAUCUUGAUCUAACCCGUGAAGCUUACCUGACGGAAGGUUACCUGCCAACUUACCAGAACGACACAACCCAGGUUUCUAUUGGAAGAUCAAGGAUUUCGAAAAGGCCCCAGGCAAAGGGAGAUUACUAUCGAAAAGGAAAACCACAAAGUAUGCCAUACGCAAUGCACAAAUACGCCUUACGUCUUCUCGAACGAGUUUCCAUCUGCGUGAACACGGCUGAACCGGUGCUUCUGGUCGGAGAAACGGGAACUGGAAAAACGACUGCUGUACAGCACCUUGCAAACCUGCUAAACGUCAAACUAACGGUUCACAACUUCUCGCAGCAAACCGAAAGUAGCGAUCUAAUGGGUGGAUUCCAGCCGAUGGAUUUGUCACGGAUAGGCAUGGAAAUAGCGACAAGCUUCGAUUCUCUAUUCCGAAGAACAUUCCCUUCCAAGAAAAACUUGACUUUCUUGGAUCAAUUCGACCAAGCAGUCCUACAUAAACAGUGGAAGAAAGUUGUUCGGUUCUGGCUGAAAGCUAUUGAAAUGGCGAAGAAACAUCUUGCUGUCUCAGUGGAUGAUGAAGAUCCAGAGGAUGGCAUAUUGAGCCCUAGAAAGCGGAGAAAGUUGGAGCCUAGAAACCAAGCAUCAAUUGUGGCAGAAUGGGAAGCAUUUGUUGCACAGGUUUCAUCUUUCGAUACACAAUUAAAGAGUUCGCCCCAGCAAGCUAUAUUUAACUUCGUCGAAGGCCUUCUCGUCAAAGCAGUUCGUAAUGGAGAAUGGGUCCUUUUAGACGAGUUGAACUUGGCUGCUCCAGAGACUUUGGAAUCUAUCGCCGAUCUUAUGAAUGAUGCUGGAUCUCGAUCUAUGUUAUUACUUGAGAAGGGUGGCGUCGAAAGAAUACACGCUCACCCAGACUUCCGCAUAUUCGGCUGUAUGAACCCUGCCACUGACGUUGGAAAACGGGACUUACCCCAAGGUAUCAGAUCGAGGUUUACCGAAUUUUAUGUCCCCAAUCCGGAUGGUGAACGAGCAAAUGUUCUCGCGAUUGUGAAAGCAUACUUAGAAAGCCAUUGCGUGGGUGUUGAACAACUUCUAUCCAAGACAACUGACUUGUAUCUCGAUAUUCGGGCCAUGGUCGAUCAAAAUCGACUUGUAGACGGGGCGGGACAGAAACCAGUGUACAGCAUUCGUACCCUCGCUCGUACACUAGCGUACGUGGUUGAAAUUGCGCCAGUCUACGGUAUUCUCAGGUCCCUUUACGAGGGGUUCUGUAUGGCGUUUCUCACCUGUCUCGCAACCGAAUCCGAAAAUCUACUCCAUAGACUCAUCGAACAAAGGUUGCUCGCGGAUCAUACGAACGCAAGAAGUCUCUUAAAACAAGUGCCGAGGAUGCCAACCCACGGGGACUAUACACAAUUCAAACACUACUGGAUGUUGAAAGGGCCCGCUGAGGUCCAAGAACAACCAAAUUACAUUAUUACACCAUAUGUCGAAAGGAAUCUUCUCAAUCUUGUGCGCGCGGCUGCUACUCGGAAAUAUCCCGUUCUUAUUCAAGGACCCACAUCGAGUGGUAAAACAAGUAUGAUUAAGUUUCUAGCCAACAGGACUGGUCAUAAGUUCGUCCGAAUAAAUAAUCAUGAGCAUACUGAUUUACAGGAGUAUCUUGGCUCCUAUGUUUCUGAUUCUACCGGCUCUCUAAAGUUUCAGGAGGGAGCCCUUAUUCAGGCGAUGCGGACGGGAUGUUGGGUGAUAUUGGACGAGUUGAACCUUGCGCCUACCGAUGUUUUGGAGGCCUUGAAUCGUUUGCUUGACGAUAAUCGAGAAAUUCUUAUACCAGAAACACAGGAAGUUGUGCGGCCCCAUAAAGACUUCAUGCUCUUCGCUACCCAAAAUCCACCUGGACUCUAUGCUGGACGUAAAGCUCUUUCUAAAGCUUUCCGAAAUCGAUUCAUCGAACUGCACUUUGACGAUAUCCCGCAAAAUGAAUUGCAAGAUAUUCUCCAACAGAGAACACAAAUUGCUCCUUCAUUCGCAGCUAGGAUCGUGACCGUCUACAACGAACUUUCGGUCCUCCGUCAAUCAUCCCGUCUUUUUGAACAAAAACAGAGUUUUGCAACUCUGAGAGAUUUGUUCAGGUGGGCGAACAGAGAUGCUGUGACGAAUGAAGAGCUUGCGCAGAAUGGCUAUAUGCUUCUUGUCGAGCGUGUAAGGAAUCAAGACGAAAAAUUAGCCGUCAAGAAAGUCAUUGAAACCAAGCUACGGGUUCAGAUUUCAGAUGAAAUUCUGUAUAAUAGGCCUCCUCCCGACUUUGGAAGUCAAGGAGAUGAUGUUGUUUGGACAAAGGCAAUGGCUCGACUAUACGCGCUACUUGAAAGAGCUAUUGUGAAAAAUGAACCUGUUCUUCUUGUGGGUGAAACUGGUUGCGGAAAGACAACAGUCUGCCAGCUUUUAGCUCUUGCUCUCCGCAAAAAUCUUGAGACUGUCAACGCCCAUAUGAACACUGAAACUGGUGAUAUUAUUGGAGCUUACCGGCCUUUGAGAAAUCGAGCGGAGGUUACACAGCAAUUGCUCCAAAGCCUGCAGAAUUUCUUUUCUACAUAUUUGCCCAGCCAAAUCCAAGGCGAUUUGAAAGAGCUACUUCGAGCCUACGAUCAAUUGCAAUUGGAGGCUAAAAAGGACAUUCCCCAAGAAGUUCUCAACUACAUUCACGGCUUACGCGCUCAAGCGAGUCAACUCUUCGAGUGGGUGGAUGGAAGUCUCGUUGGCGCAAUGAGGAAAGGCGAUCUCUUCCUCCUCGAUGAAAUAUCUCUAGCAGAGGACAGUGUUUUGGAAAGGCUCAACAGUGUUCUUGAACCCGAGCGAGAAAUCUUCUUAGCCGAGAAAGGGUAUGAAGAUGCAAAAAUAACUGCUCACCCAGAGUUCCAGUUUUUUGCAACAAUGAACCCUGGUGGCGACUAUGGAAAAAAGGAGCUAUCUCCUGCUUUGCGAAAUCGUUUCACUGAAAUCUGGGUCCCGCCGAUGUAUGACUUUGAUGACGUUCUACAGAUCACCGAAACCAAAUUGGUUACAGCGUAUAAAGGAUAUGCGCCAGCGAUGGUUAAGUUUGGCUUUUGGUUUAACCAGACUUUCCGAGUCGGUAAAGACGGAUCGGUAUCUAUCAGGGACAUCAUUAGUUGGAUUCAGUUCUGCAAUAAGGUUGAGGGUGAGCCUUUGACUGUUGUUUUUCAAGGUGCUCUUAUGGUCUAUGUAGACACCCUUGGCUCCAAUCCCGCAGCUCUUUUGUCAGUACCCCUAGAGCAAGUCGAGCUCGAGAGACGGAAAUGCAUUUCUCAUCUUUCUACCCUCCUUGGGAAGCAUUUCGACUUGGGUUUCCUCGAGGCCACCAGCGUUCAGGUCUCACCUGAAGCUUUCCAAGUCGGGGACUUCGCACUCCCUCGUACAAUUUCGGACAUGGGAAGGGUUCCUUUCGAUUUUAAUGCAUCGACAACCAGCUUGAAUGCAAUGCGUGUCAUGCGCGCUAUGCAGCUAUCUAAACCAAUUCUUCUCGAAGGUGCACCUGGCGUCGGUAAGACAAGUUUAAUUACAGCAUUAGCCGCUGUUGUUGGUAUUCCUCUAGUCAGAAUCAAUCUUUCUGAGGAGACUGAUAUGAUGGAUCUAUUUGGAAGUGAUGUUCCUGCAGAAAAUGGUGCCGUUGGAACCUUCGUCUUCAGAGAAGCGCCUUUCUUACAGGCUAUGCAAACUGGGCAAUGGGUUCUUCUCGACGAAAUGAAUCUGGCGUCCCAGUCAGUCCUAGAAGGCUUGAACUCAUGUCUUGAUCAUCGAAAAACUGUCUACAUUCCAGAGCUCGGGAAAACUUUCCACUGCCACCCGGGUUUCAGACUAUUCGCAGCGCAGAACCCACACCACCAAGGAAAUGGACGAAAGGGUUUACCGGCUUCAUUUGUUAACAGAUUUACAGUCGUCUAUAUCCGUAGUCUUCAGCAAGAGGACUUAUUGGCCAUUUCACAACAUACGUUCCCGAAUUUUGACGCGGAGGACUAUGCUAAGAUUGUCGAGUUUUCGAGUCAGCUCUCUAAGGGACUUACCCAAGACAAAUCAUUCGGUGUAUCCGGCGCCCCGUGGGAGUUUAACCUUCGUGAUACCUUAAGAUGGCUUGAAAUUACGGCACGGGAAACGCCACUGCCUGCACGAAAAACGCUUGAGCAAUAUUUUAGAGCCAUCGUCAGUCACAGGUUUCGGAGUGAGGAGGAUGUAUUGAAAGUCAACGCAAUAUUCAAAAAGGUCUUUGGAUCUGAACUGAAUCUUGACAUACAAGCCGGGUUUGUCAGACUUUCUCCGAGUAAUGUCCAAGUUGGAAAUGCUCUGAGCCAGAGAAGGAAGACCCGAAACUCCCAGAAGAUUGACCGCGUUGAAUUCCUACCCCGUCAACUUUCCAUCUUAGAAACUAUUUUGAAUGGAAUCAAUAACCGCUGGCCUUGCCUCUUGGUCGGUGCACCUGGUUCGGGGAAGUCGAGCAUGGUAGAAGUUCUAGCAAAGUCGGUCGGGGCACAUCUUGAAGUCAUCCCGCUUAAUAACGACACGGAAACAUCAGAUGUUAUUGGUGGCUAUGAACAAGAGGACCCCUUUAGAUUAGCAAGAACGGUUGUGCAACUACUUCAUUCUGAUUUGGAAACACUUAUCGUUGAAUGCAGUCUCGCUGGUAACGGGGUGCCUCAAGCAGCUCUUGUGCUGGCAGAUAGCUUGCAUCGGUGGGAACCGACCUACCAAAAUUUGGAAGGAAUCAUCAGCAUAGCACAGACGACUUUAGAAUCAUGUGCUUCUUUUCCAUCCGAGUGUCUUGAAAGGAUCCAACAGCAUCUUCAGACGCUGGUGAGAGUCUUAUCGGAAAAGGACCAGAGGAGCAAUGUGUCAUUCGCGUGGUAUGAUGGUGCUUUGGUUCGUGCCGUUGAAAAUGGACACUGGGUCAUUUUGGAUAAUGCAAACCUUUGCAACCCAUCCGUCCUGGAUCGUAUCAAUUCCUUGCUCGAGACUAAAGGAGCUCUAUUUCUCCAUGAGCAUACUUCUGCCGACGGCGGGGGUAGAGUUAUCAUUCCUCAUCCAGAUUUUAGACUUUUCUUGACCAUGGAUCCUCGAAAUGGGGAACUGUCAAGGGCCAUGCGCAAUCGGUCAAUCGAGAUAUUUGUUCCUUCCGUAGAAGAAGAUACCGAAGAUUGGAGUCUGAACCAGUCCAAGUUGUUGAACUUGGUUGAUCAAUCUACAGCGAGAACAUUUACUCGGGUUGACUAUCUCGUUCGACACGCGCUUAAUACUGACCCCGAACGUUUUGGUACUUGGCUCUAUCAUAUUUUCGAAGAGGCUCCUAUUCGUCUGGUUCCCAUGAUAGCCCCUUGGCUAGGUCAAAACUUACCCAAAUCUAACGUUUCCCUCAUCGAGACCACGGAAAAAGCGGUAGCCACCUUUCAAGAAGUUAAAAAUCAGUCCUCGCUUCAUGCUCUCUCCAACAUUCAUAUUCUAGAGACAGAUUGCCGCCGAGUAGGCUCACAGAAGAUCGCAACCAUCCUUAGCGACCUUUACGAAGUUGCCCUGUCCUCUGCUAAGAGUCAGAGCCAGCUAAUCAAAAUAAUUGACAUUUUGAAGAACCAGCGACGCCUUCGCGCAGCGAGUGGUGCAAACCAUGCUAAGGAUGGACUGCCAGAUAAUAUUGACAAAGAAGCUCGCCUUGCACUGUUGGAAUUCCUAUCAACCUUGAAUCAUACAAUCUGGUUAUGGCUUGGCCAAAUAGACCUCGACCAUAUCCUAUUGAAAGUUAAUUGUAUAAACCUCACGCCGUUCUAUGAACUUUUACUUUUCUUGGGUUUCAUCCUUGAAGGUCGUGAGCUCGACGGUUUGAUCUUCCAAGCUUGCUCUGACAGAAUCAAAGCAUUUCUUAAUACUAUCUCUGGGGUUUGGCCAGACGCUACGAUGCACAAAAUCCAACGUUCGAUCCAAAACUUGAUCAGAGAGUAUGGCCUAGGUUCUGGGUUUUCUUGGAUAAGGUUAUGGAAAGCUUUGCGGGUGUCGAUGCCCCAAUCGGAUAAUGGAAUGGUUUCCUUAAGGCAGCUGAAAGCUGUCGCCCAAAGGUUUGAUGAAGCCUCGCAGGGGAUGGUUCAGCCAAAUGCACAGAUUUUGCAGUUGAGGCUAUCUUUCAUGAAAGCAUUUGAACAGAUACGAACUUCUGAUUCUACCAACAACCUUCCGAUAACUGAGUUUGACGAAGCUGUCAGCUUGAUCAGCAACUCAAGUGUUACAGCGGUUCAUUCUUUCCAGGAUGGAUUUGAUAUGAUUUUGAGAAUGCAGCUGCUCGCUACUAUGAACUCUGCUGGCUCGGACUUGAAGACCGAGGACAUCAUAGCCUUGAGCUACUACUCCGGCUACCCGACGCAGAAAUUGUCUGGGCUUUUGGGAUAUUUGGGUUUGAAUAACACACCACAAAAUCUCAGGUUUAACACUAUCUUCGGGUUGACAACUCAUACCGAUAUGCUCGAUUUGAAGAGGUCACUCGCCUCAGACGAAUAUUAUGGCUCAUUCGUUAAGAACAUUCUGCUGACUAGCGACCAUGUUCAAGCGACGGAUAUUGGAGGCUACAGUACAAUCCAAUCAGAUCUCCAAACACUCGGAAAACAAUAUGUUUUGACAAUAGUAAACAAUACUACCGAAUACUGGAGGGAGUUUGAUAAUCUACUCCUUGAAAAUAUUUCUUCCAUCUGCAAAUGUCACCAAGACUUGUUCUCAGGUACCGGGGUUUCAUUGUUAUCCAGUGAUCUCAAAUCACCCGAGUCCCUCCUAAGACUUCUUGAAUCUGGAAAGCAAGGAUCAGAUGAAAGAUGGACUAUCAUAAUCUCGAAUUUUUUGAUUCCAUCACUUAGGGCAUUGCUUCAAACAGAGCAGAAAGAUGGGACUGAAAGGAUAAAUCGUGGCCUAGCAUGGAUCCAAUACGCCAUUGGGUGCCUUAAACUUCUCGUCCCAGCGCAUCCUUAUGACCCUGCGCUACAAGAACGCUUGAACUUCCAGCUUUUCCAGCAUAGACAACAGAGCCUUCAAGCUGAACUCUCAAGUCUUGAAGUAGUGACAGAGAUAUUAAAUGGAUCCCGCGAUAACGCACGGACGAGACGUCUACAGCAAAAAAUCGAAGCCGUAACUUGGGAUACCGGAAUUUCAUUGUUUCAACGUUCUCAACAAACAAACUUUGAGCCGCUACGCCAUCUUCUUCAACGAACUGUUGCUCUUAUCAACGGGCAACAGGUUCAAAGAUUUGUCCAAAACCUCGCUUCAGGUAACUCGGAUGUAGUUGCGGCGGGUCAGGCCAUCAGGGAAAAUGUCAGACAAAUCCUCCAACAGCUGGCGAUUCAAGACGACGCUUUCGAAGAUAUAACCGUUAUUGUGGCGGAAUUCGUUUCAGCGCUCGAGUUUGGAAUUACCAUUGCCUGUGAGGCUGAUACUUCGAGGACAAGUGGUUCAAAAUAUAUCUUUACACCGGGUACUCUCUCCCCAACGGCUAUUUCUGAGAAGAUGGGAACCAGAACCUCAAAAUCAAGUGAACCAGAGCUUCGAUCGCUUCGCGCUUUAGCUCUUAGAGCCAAGGUCGAAGGCUUGACAUCCUUCACUGAUGCAGAGUUUAGGCUUCUUGACAAUACUUUCGCUCGUAUCCUAAAACUCUGGGAGAGGAAGGAGCGUGAUGAUGCAAGGGAAAGAGAGGAAGCCACCAAGAUGUACCACUUCAAGGGGCUCGAAGUCGUUGACCCUGAUGACGAUGAAGCUGGCGUUAUGGAAAUGUUCUCUGAAGGCAGUCCAAAGACGGAUGCACCAAAGCCGAAGAAUAACUUGGAUGUCCAGGCCCUAGCUAGUCAAGUUUCUGAACUACACGCAGCCAUAUUCGUCGGCACUUUGGCGGACGGGAUUGAAAUUGCCUCCCUCCAGCGAGAUUUCGGAACCCAGUUGAAAAAAUCUGAAGAGGGCAUUUACAUCGCCCCAGGGGAGAUGGAGAGCUUUGUUCCUUCUAUGUUACUUGACAUCUCGGAUGCCGAAACCUGGCUGAACCGAUCGUCUAAAAAUUCAUUCAAUUUUUAUAAAGACGAGAACCCCACAGAAGUCAGAACUGUUGUUGAGCUUCUUACUGGAAUAAAAGCGAAAAUUGCAGAUCUAAUAGCUCUUUGGCCUGAGAACGACAUUUUAAGAGACGUCAACGAUAGAACCGUGGAAACUUUGGGACUCCCGCUGAAAACACCAGUUAACAGCGUUCUAGCGAAGUUAGAAGGAUUACACGCGGCACUUCAUCAGUGGGAACAAGUGGCCAGCAAGGAAUAUUCCUUGGCCUCCCAUCAAGAUAAUUUGACCAACCUAAUCGUUAGCUGGAGAAAACUAGAGUUGCAGACUUGGUCUAGUUUGUUCGCCCAGGAAGAAACUUCUUCUCGAAACCGAGCGUCGACCUGGUGGUUCCAUAUCUACAAAGCCAUCAAGACAGCAGUUGAUGUCGAGGAAGACGAUAUCUCAACUAUCCGAAUUUCUCUUGCAGAAACUUUGAGUACUUUUCUAAGACAGUCGAGCAUCGGAGAGUUCCAAAGUCGGUUGAAUCUAAUCAAGGCAGUCGCAAGACAACUCGAUUACAGUCCCUCGGGUCACGCUCAAGCCCUCAAAAGUACUGUCCAUAACGUCCACCAACUUCAUCUCCAAUACCUCAAACCUGCCUUAGAGCAUACUUCUACAGAGAGAACCAAACUUGAAAAGGAUAUGAGAGAAGUAAUUCUGUUAGCAUCCUGGAAGGAUACGAAUAUCAAUGCUUUGAAAGAAUCGACCCGAAGGUCUCAUUACCAGCUUUACAAAGUUGUCAAGAAAUAUAGAGCCGUCCUCUCUACUUCCGUUUCCACAAUAGCCAAGGUGGCUGACUUGAGCAAACUCGAAAUUUCCCCACUAAUGACAUCCCCUCGUCUCUUUGAGCAGGCAUCAGACGCCGAUAGGACCCUUUGUGCGACUUCUAUAACUAACUGGGAGUCACGACCUGCAAGACAUUCCAACAUCACAUCGACGGUGACCAAAAUGCAACAAAUUUAUAGCUCCAUAGCACCCACCCAAUCUGCAUUCACUCUCGUCGACCAGUUCUCAGAUCAUAUUCUACAACGUGCCCAAGAACUUCGUGAUGCUACUCCAUCGAAGCUAACGAAAGAGAAUACAGUCGAAAUUCGGAGACUCCAAGACGCUAAACGCAAAGCCGUCAGCGAAGCUCUCAAAUCUCUUCGCCAGAUGGGGUUCAAGUCAAACCUUAGUCAGAAAGAACUUGCGGGACAGUCGUCUACGGAACAAAUCCUUGGGUUGGCCCCGGAAUUCAAAGGGAAAUCUUUCCAAACGAGGGUUGGGGAGGUUGAUGACAUCCUUGUUGCGACCCUUGAUAAUCUAUCAAAGACUAGAGGUGUUAUGAUGAACCUACCCGCCGAUGUGCCAGUCCCUGACUUUGUUCGGGGAGCCAAGUAUUUUGAACACGGCCUUUCUAUGGUGGUAAAUCAGAGAAAGACUCUUGCAUCGCACCUAAUGGCUUUCCAUCGUUUGGAAGAGCUCAUAGGGUACCUACUAGUUCUCUGUAAUGACAACGGUACUACUUCCUCGGGCCUAGUUACUGCACAUGCUCUAUCAGACCCCAAAGCUCUUUCUCAAAAUCUCGGCUGGAUUCAAGCGAAUAUCCAGUUUGCCUUAAAGGUCGUUGAAGCCGAAGCCAAGUUUGUCCCCGGAGACCAAUACGGCGAGCUUCAAGGAAUGCUUUCAAAGUGGGAGAAAUGGACUUUAGAAUCAUCGCAAUCAUUUGCUGCUUGUCCGAAGACCUUUUCGAGUAUCACCAUGCCACGGCAGAAUGAUAUCACCAGAGAAAUAAUUGAUGGGUUCAGGGGAAUGCAAGCCGAACUCAUCGCCUUCGGAAAUUCAAAUGCCAAGUUACGGCAUAUCGUCAACUAUCUCCAACCUUGGAUUCCGACCAACGAGCAGACUCCUAUAGCAAAUGGGAACGGCGUGCCCAAGCAUCCGAGUGAAAACGCUAUUACCUCUGCUGACAAUGAAAUUCGGAACCUAUGUGAUAUGAUCCUUGCACAAUUACAGCCAGAGGCGAUCGAUGAAACCCUAGCAAAGAAGGUUGGUGGCUCAGACAAAAUUGUUCUUUUCGAACAUGAGAAACUUCUCGCCUCAAGAGCUUCAUCUAGCUCCGCCGCAAUUGCCAACCAAUUAGAAGCUCUUGCCCCAAAACUACGCGAGGCAAUGACGGAGAACCCAGUUGCUCUUCGUUCACUUUUGCGUUUAAUGUCACCAAUCAUCAUCGAGUAUGAGAGCAUCUGCCGACAAGAGCUCCUACAGCGUCUUGAUUUCCAUAGAGGUCUUUGCAGACUUACACAUAUUCUCUCCAACUUCGUGAUAAGUAUUGGAACAAGUGGGUUCUGUGCUCCAUCCGAUGGUUCUGCAGAAGCCGGUGGACCCGGUCAGGUCGAAAGCGGCACUGGUCUCGGCGAUGGAGAAGGAGAAGAGGACAUCAGCAACGAUAUUGCGCCAGACGAGGAUCUAUCAGAGCUUGCUAAUCAGAAAGAAGAAGGAAAGCCAAAGGAGUACGAUGCUCAGGAAAAUGCUGUUGAGAACGAUGAUAUCGACGGAUUAUCAGAAUCCGGGGAUGAGAAGUCUGAUGAGGAGGGUGAUGGUGAAGAGGGUGAGGAGGAGGAUGCUACGGAUGAAAUGGGCAAGGUUGAUGAUAGUCAUGGGCUUGACUCUCUUGAUAAAGACUUCUGGGACAACCCGGCGGAAGAACCUAAAGAAGAGGUCGAUUCAGGUGGCGACGGGAAACAGGAAGAAAAUGCGACUUCUAAUCAGGAAAAGUCAAAGAAGGAUGAGAAGCCGCAGAAAGAUGCCAAAAAUCUUGAGAAUAAAGAAAUGGAACUCGAUGACGAUGCCGACGCCAAUUCAGAAGCAGAAGCAGAAGCAGAAGAUGAAUCCGAUGCCGUUGAAAACAAAAACUCGGACAAUAUCAACGAACACAUUCCGGAAGUUGAAAGACUUGACAUAUCAGACGACUUCAAUCUUGACGAGAUGGACCAAGAAGAUGGCGAGGAAGAAGGCGAUCUUUCUGAAGGCGAGGAUGGAGAAGAAGAUCCACUCGAUAAGCCUUUUGACAAGACAGAGCUUGAACGCCAGAACUCGGAUGAUGAAGAAGACGAGGAAAUGGGCGACUAUGAUGCAAAAAUAGCGGACGAAUUGGAUGAAGCAGCGGAAUCAGAGGGUGAAGAGAAAGAGAAAGAGAAAGAUGCCGACGAGGAAGGGGAGGACUCGCUCCAGCAGCCUACUGAGGACUCUAUUGAGGACGCGCAGAAUGGCUCCACUGUCCCACCUAACGCAAAGGCCGCGGCAGCAAAAUCAUCUGAUGACACCGAUAAUGAUCUAGAUCCAACUUCGGCUCAAGAGAAUAUGGAAAUAGACAAUCAGAAUGAUACAGGCCAAGACAAUUCCGCUUCUAACGCCGUCGAGGGUAAAGGGGAUUCUGGAAAAGCCGAAUACCGUCCAGGACAAGGUCAAAAUGAAAUGCAACCGAACGAGCAACGGAUAGAAAACGGAUUGAAGAAACUGGGAGACUUGUUAGAAAAAGUCCACCGUACUCCAAUGGAGAUUUUGGACUCAGAGACAAGCCAAGGACCAAAGGAUGAUGUUCAAAAUCUAGAGGAACAAAAGCAAUCCCAGUUUGAGCACGUCGGCGAGGACGAUAAAAAACCAUCAACUCAAGCAUUGGGUGCCGCAGCAACCGAAGAAGCGCAUGCAAUAGAUGAGUCGAUGGUUAUAGAUUCAGCUCCCGAUCAAACCGAGCCGACCGGGGAGGGUGGCGAGGAAGUUACGGACAAUAGCAAUGUCGAGGGAACAGACGGUAAACCGGUCGAAGAACAAGGAGCAUUCCAAGAAGGACCCCAAGAAACCGACGAUACAGCACCCAAUGCUGCUUCAAAUUCGAAGGAAGACCCCGAUGCUGCCAUGGAGGUCGAUGCACCUCGUCUCGUUGGCGGCUCUAAGAACGAAAAUGCGGAACCACUAGAUAUCGAUAUGGAAUUAGAUGAUGACGAAGCCGCCGAAAACCCCAAAUCCCUAGAGCCUUCUUCCACAUUGUCAACCUAUAACGAGGAGGCCCACUCGCUCUGGAAACUCUACGAAAACAAAACUAGAGUCCUCUCCCUCAGUCUCACCGAGCAACUCCGUUUAAUCCUCGAACCCACGUUAUCCACCAAACUCCGAGGUGAUUACCGCACAGGAAAGAGGCUCAACAUGAAACGAAUAAUACCUUACAUCGCCUCAGAUUACAAAAAGGACAAGAUUUGGAUGCGUCGUACUAAACCCUCAAAACGCCAAUACCAAGUCAUGAUCGCACUUGAUGAUUCAAAGUCAAUGUCCGAAAGUCGAUGUAUAGAACUUACAUUCGAGUCAAUUGCCCUAGUCGCUAGAGCUUUGUCACACCUAGAAGUCGGACAGAUAUCCAUGGUUUCAUUCGGAGAAUCCACAAAACUUGUUCAUCCUUUCGAACAACCGUUUACAGCACAAGCCGGUGCCAACGUCUUCGCAGGAUUGACCUUUGGACAGACAAAGACAAAUAUGAGAUCACUCGUUGAUACAUCCAUCAGACUAUUCCGUGAAGCAAGACAAACAAAUUCACAAUCCGAUCUAUGGCAAUUAGAACUCAUUAUCUCGGACGGUAUCUGCGAGGACCAUCAGGAGAUUCAGCGACUAGUCAGACUAGCACACUUCGAAAAGAUUGUCUUGAUAUUUGUGAUUAUCGAUGCUACUAGCGGUGCGAUUAGCGGGGAUACAAAUACGACAUCCAAAGGUUCUUCUUCCAUCUUGGAUAUGAAAGAAGCUACGUUUACAGACCAAGGAGACGGAAAGGGGCCGAAGCUGCAGGUUAAGAGAUACAUGGACACCUUCCCAUUUAACUAUUACCUAAUAAUUCGGCGGAUUGAGGAUCUUCCGGGAAUGCUUUCGACAGCAUUACGCCAGUGGUUCUCGCAAGCGGCGGAGGCAAGUAGUUGA